ACUCCUCGCUUGUCCGUACCGGCCAGCCGCCGCUAUCCAGGGUCAGGCAUAAGAAGCGCCCUCGCUGUCCUGUUUGUCCUUCCACGAGCAGCCCUGAAAGCGUGUUGCCUACCAAUCUUUCGAUUUUUUCUGAUUUUUUUUUCGAUAUUUGUGUAUGGAUUUUAUCCAUCCUGCCAAUUUUUGGAUGGGGCGAGUUUAAUUCGGCCUUAGAUUUAGAUUUUUGGGAGGUUUCUAUGCUGAAAUUUGUCAAAAAAGGGGUGGAAAGAGGGGCUUUUUAUUGUAAGUAGUUUGAUCCUGGCACUAUCGCCCUAGGGCGUUGGUUUUGUAGGAAUUGCAGAAAGAUCUCGAGAGCAAAUUGUUCAUUUUUACGUUUGAGUCAUUUUUUGGUUCUCGGUGAAGUGGGAUUCUUCCGAUGUUCUCAUUCCUGGCUAAAAAAUGAGAGCUUUUGGAGGUGUCUGCGCUCGAAUUUCUGAAUAGAUGGCUCGUUUUGUUCUGCCUCUGUUGAUCCUGGUGCAAUUGUCUUGGUCUUCGCUUUGUGGAUCGGCGCCGACCCUCUCGACGGUUUGUGGAUUUGAUCAUGUUGCCUACUCGAAGUCAUCGGAUGGUUAUUACCUUUCAAUUAAUGGGCAGAGGAUGGAGGACCCUGUUUUCAUAUGUGAAGUACUGGAAUCCUACUUCAAGAGUGGGUGUUUGUUGUGUGACUCCCAGGUGGAAUCAUGGAGAAGAAUUGGUGAGGAGUACUGUAAUCAGGACUUCACUGUACCGGUCGGUGUGAAGUGCAAUCCUAAUUCUGUGGAUUUACUUCGAAAGGCAGGGAGAAAAAUUUUGCUGCAGUCAUCAGCAAAUGCUUCCAAGCUUGAUCAGUUGACCAGCAAGAGUCAGUCACUGAAAGAGGAGCUAGAUAUUAAGUAUUCUUCAGCAUCGGACAGUUUUUCUCUGGCUGUACCAGGAAUGUUCCUUCUUUGUUGUGCUUUUAUGUGCCCUUGCUUUCGUGCAAAGAGGAGAGAAGCAAUAGAACAUAAUGUUCUAGACAGACAUCUGAAUUCAAAUUCAACUUCAUCCGUAGAAGUAAGCUCAGCCUCUGAAAGGAUCCCUGCAACUCCACUCAGAAUACCUCCUAGCCCAUCUCGAUUCUCAUUGUCUCCGCAAUUGACUAGAAUUGGUUCAGUACAUCUCGGUAUCAAUCAGAUUAUCAAAGCUACUCGGAACUUCUCUCCUUCAUUAAAGUUGGGCGAAGGAGGAUUUGGAGCUGUGUACAGGGCUGUGCUGCCAGAUGGUCAGGUUGUUGCUAUUAAGCGAGCAAAGCAGGAACAAAUCCCAGCACUACGAGAUGAAUUUAGUAAUGAAGUUGAACUGCUUGCGAAAGUCGAGCAUAGAAACUUAGUCAGGUUACUUGGUUACACUGACAAAGGAAAUGAACGCAUUAUCAUUACGGAAUAUGUUCCAAAUGGUACUCUCAGGGAGCAUCUGGAUGGUCAUCAUGGAAAGAUUCUGGACUUCAACCAACGAUUAGAAAUAGCUAUUGAUGUUGCUCAUGCCUUGACUUAUCUCCAUCUAUAUGCGGAAAAGACGAUAAUUCACCGAGAUGUGAAGUCAUCUAACAUUCUGCUGACAGAAAGCUAUAGAGCCAAGGUGUCUGACUUUGGGUUUGCAAGAACUGGCCCAACGGACACAGAGCAGACUCACAUAUCGACCAAAGUGAAAGGAACAGCUGGGUACCUUGACCCGGAGUACCUGAGGACCUAUCAACUCACACCCAAGAGCGAUGUCUUUUCCUUUGGAAUAUUGCUCAUAGAAAUUUUCUCCGGAAGGCGUCCAGUAGAACUCAGGAGAGAAAAAGAUGAAAGAAUUACUGUCAGAUGGGCUUUUAAGAAAUAUAAUGAGGGCAACUUGAGAGACAUUUUGGAUCCUUUGAUGGAGGAAGUGAUAGAUGAGCAGGUGCUUGGGAAUAUUCUCAGUUUGGCAUUCGAGUGCGUUGCUCCUACGCGUGCUGAUCGACCGGACAUGAAAGAAGUUGGAGAACAGCUGUGGGAGAUAAGAAAAGAAAUUGGGAAGAGCCUCAGGAGAGCGUAAAGUAGGCGACCAUCCCACCUCCGUUCUGCGGAGCAUUGCAGAGGAAAUCAGCUGUUUAUAUCUGUAUUCCAGAGUAGGAUGUCAUUUUAAGAACUAUUCAGCAUUUAGUUUUCCAUGUUCCCACAAUCCUGGUAUCGUUCACAUUUUUUUUUGUUUGUUAAAUUUUGUGCUUGACAGUGAGACACCAGAAAAUAAUACACUCAUGGUAUAUUUCAGCAGUCGAAAUCUUUGUUUUAUGA